AAAAAGAACAUCAUAGUAGAAAUGGCUACACGCGUGAUUCCUCGCAAGAUCCUCAAGGGACCCCGCUACAACACGUCCACCAAGCCCCUCAACACCGUGCAUCCCUCUCUCACACCUGCCAUCGCCCCGCCGGCGCUUUUUGAGAAGCCACCAAAAGUGCCAGCUGAGGCGGUGCUGGCCAUGGACGACGGGGAGCGGCUUUUCACCUCCGUGUCCACGGGACGGCUGCUCCGGUCAGCAGCAAUGCUUCAUGCAACGGCGGUGGGGCCCAUGGUGGACAUGGGAAUGUGGGUGAUGAGGUCGCCGCUGUUUCAGAGUGGGCUGUGGCGGGAUCUAGUCACGUACACCACGCGCGAGACGUUCUUCUCCCACUUCUGCGCCGGCGAGGACGCUGUAACUGCAAGUAAGAGCAUCAUGGCGCUAAACGACGCCGGCUUGCGCGGCAUGCUCGUGUACGGUGUGGAGGAUGCACAUGAUAAUGAGGGGUGUGAUCGGAACCUUAAUGGGUUCCUUGAAACGGUUACUGUCAGCAAAUCGCUUCCACCAGCUUCUGCGAGCUUCAUCGUUGUGAAAAUCACAGCAAUAUGCCCCAUGGCAUUGCUUGAAAGAGUCAGUGACCUUCUAAGAUGGCAACAGAAAGACCCUUCAUUCGUUUUGCCAUGGAAGCAAGAUUCUCUCCCAAUUUUUGCAGAAACUAGCCCUUUGUACCACACACAGAAGAGACCAGAACCUCUAACCCCGGAAGAAGAGAGUGAUCUGCAACUUGCCAACCAGAGACUCCUUCAACUCUGCCAAACGUGUGAGGAGGUUAAUAUGCCUCUGUUGGUUGAUGCUGAACACACUACUGUUCAACCAGCUAUUGAUUACUUAACAUACGCUGCUGCAAUCAAGCACAACAAAGGUAGCAACCCCAUUGUGUUUGGGACCCUCCAAACUUACCUGAAAGAUGCCAAAGACAGGCUGUUGCUCACAACAAAGGCAGCAGAGAAAAUGGGAGUUCCAAUGGGGUUCAAAUUGGUGAGGGGUGCUUACAUGUCCACAGAGAGUAAAUUGGCUGAGUCUUUUGGAAAUGCAUCCCCAAUUCACAAUACCAUUCAGGACACACACAAUUGCUUCAAUGACUGUGCAUCAUUUAUGCUGGAAAAGGUUGCCAAUGGACCUGAUUCAGUUGUUCUUGCAACUCACAAUAUUGAGUCUGGGAAAUUGGCUGUGGCAAAAGCUCAUGAAUUAGGAGUUGGGAAGGUGAAGAACAAGCUAGAAUUUGCACAGUUAUAUGGAAUGGCAGAGGCACUUUCAUAUGGUUUAAGCAAUGCAGGGUUUCAGGUGAGCAAGUAUAUGACAUUUGGACCUGUAGAAAUGGUGAUGCCUUACCUCCUUAGAAGGGCUGAAGAGAAUAGAGGGCUCUUGGCUGCUUCAGGCUUUGAUAGGCAACUGAUGAGAAAGGAGUUGGUAAGGAGGCUAAAAGCUGCUGUCUUCUAGUCAGCUAGGAAGCAUGGUUUCAUUAACUUCUGUAAAUGUAGAGAAUUCUAUGUUAUCAGAUAGAACUGUGCUUUAAAUGAAAUGAAAAUCUGCAUUAUUUU